GGCUUGAGCAAGUAAAUAAUUAUGUAGUUGGGGCAGAGAGCUAGACUAGAGAGGCAGUGAAGUGUGAUUUCUGAAAUUCUGGGCGGACAGGACGAACCUUUGACGGUGUGAUAUGGGCGGAUAUCUUCGAGUACGAUUUAUCUCUUAGAUUUGCUUUGCACAGGGUUUCAUUGUUUGUCUGUGAAGCGCUAGUUGAACCCGUUGCGAGGAUUACCAUUCGACGCCUCUGCUCUGACGCCCUUUGCUGCGGCGUAGUGCUACUCCGCCGGAAGAAUCGCUCACUACUUGGCACUGCCACUACCUCUUGUAGUAUUCCACUCGCACAGGCCUGUGCCAUUGUGGAAUAGACUCUGCCUAUCGUUGGGGCAGUCGUCCACUGGCCGCAUUCAUUAUUAUUUCUUGCCCGCCUGGACUGGAGCCGCAGUGGAAAUCGGAUGUGCACGUAAAUGCGUUGUACUGGACUGAUUCAGUGUUUGAUGCCCUCCGACCUGCCUGUCCUGCUGUAGCUCCUAUCUGACUGUCUAUGCAUCGAGUUUCUGUGGGCCGUCAAUUGCUUUAUGGCACUGACCGUCUCAAUCCUGCUAGCAGCGAAGUGAGACUCUCUGACCCCGUGAAACCGGCGGGUUGAACCUAGCGGGUCCACCUGGUAGCUCUCGGUCCCAUAGAAUUGUAGGGCUUGCAGCGAUAGAUAAGCCAGUGCAUAGGUGUGAGGUUGGAGACCCAGAACUACCUGCUACUCUGCUUAUCAACUACUAGUGCUAGUAAGACUAAGAGUCUGAGUCAAGCAUCAGGCAACCUUUCUUCAGCGGCGAAGCACUCACAGAGUGACUCAGACUCAUUUGCAGUAGAAGCCAAGACAGUCUAGCACAACGACACCCACAGCGUGACUACGCGAAGGAUGGCUGACAUUCUAGAAAAGUAUAUACGGAGGUCGACGGCAGAGCGCAAUGUCCAGUACCAUGUGGCUAUUGUUGGCCGCGUCGAAGACAAGGAGUUUCACAUUGCGGAGCUCUCGGCCAAGCUGUUGGAGACAUACAAGCCACAGGACAUCGCUGUAAAUGCUGUACCACUCUGCGAGGCUGACUGGUGUGUGUUUCUGGCACAUUGCAAGAAGAUGGUAGGUGGCACAAUGUGGUCCAUCAAGUCAGAGACAGUGGUCUUCUGCAAUGGAGAGUUCCUGGGCGAUGCGUUUGAGCUACUUGACUGGCUGAAGAAGGUGUUCGGCUAUGAGGAGUACAGACCCAUGCCACUGUACGACGCAAUAACCACUCUGGAAACACGGAAGUUCUUCACAGAAAAGGAGCGCACGCACGUCUUCAUGGCCAUUUCUGUCGGCGAUGAAGCGCUCAGUGGACGGCUGAUCUUCCAGCUCUUUGACGAUAUCUGCCCGAGAACGGUGCUGAACUUUCGCAACCUGUGCACCAGCACUGUGAUCGGAGAGUCCUACACAGAGACUGUCUUCCACCGGGUGGUGAAGAGUGGCUGGAUGCAGGGAGGAGACAUUGUCGAUGGGAGCGGCGGCAACAGUGUGUCAUCGUUCGGGACAGAAUUUGACGAUGAAUGCUUUGAAGUGAAGCACUCUGGCAGGGGUGUGCUGGGCAUGGCCAAUACAGGGCGGAACACGAACGGAUCUCAGUUCUACGUCACCUUCCAGCCGUGCCACUGGAUGGACAAGAAGCAUGUUGCCUUCGGGCGCCUCGUGACCGGUUGGGACUUGCUGGCAAAACUCGAAGCAGUGGAAGUGUUCAAUGACCGCCCUAUCACAACUUGCCGAAUCGUCAGCUGCGGCGAGUGGACACCACGAUGACACCAGCGUGAGCUGGGUGUACGAACUGACUUGACUUUACGCAAACAUUUCCUGCAACUGACUAGAUGCGUGUGCCGACCAGCAACCCAAUCGUUCAGACGUCCGCACUUAUGGUUGCUGCGACUGUGUUGCCUCAGUUUCCCCACACAGUAUCGGGGAGUAACCUACUUGUGCAAAAAUACUAUGUCACAGUUGUCUGAUGAUGUUGAUCUACUUGUUGAUGCAGCGUAUAAUGCUUAAAAAAAUGAAAUAAUGCUUUUAAAUUUAUUUGAAUAGCAAUCAAUGGAACCAGCUGAAUCGGCACUUUUACAGCGGCUUUAUAGUACAUAAUUGAAGGUCGUUAUAUGACAGACAAACAGGGAAAGUGUACUUGAAGUAAUUACAAUAUGGCGGAUAGGGAUGGACGAUGAAAAUUACGUGUACAAGUAACUACAUGUAGUUAACUUACAGGUUUCAUAAGAAAUGUAGUGUUGCACUUGAGAACUCAAAUGUGACGAGGGGACAAUCAGUGCAAUGAAAUCAGUCAAACAUGAGAAAUGAUCACCUGUAACAAAAAAAAAGCGGCGACAAGGGCAACUUGUGAUAAACUCUACCUAAUGUAUGAACAAGCAGCACUAGGAAAUAAGGGCAAGCAAAACGUUGACAGCACGCUACAGCGAAAAACAUGUGGUCAUCGCUGGUCAAGCAAACUGCAAUGCUACUUGAACAACUUCAAAAUAUUUAAUAUACAAUACUGUCCUUCUGAACACACAAAUUCGGCUUCAUUGAUAUACAACGUUGCCUUCCUGAUGAGAGUUGUACAAAGGUAGUUAGAAGUAUUUUCAUCGUCCAUCACUUUCCGCCAAAUUCUAACUGACACAUGUUUCCUCAUUUAAAAUUGUCCAUCGCAUCACGUUCUUUCACGUUAUGAAGUGUCGCAUGAUUCAGCUGGACCUGUUGGUCACAUUGCUGUUGCCUUGCUGCUUAGUAUUUUCUCUACCUGAGUAUACAGUCAUGUAUGUGGUUUGUGGCAAGAAUCAUGCUGGUAAUGAUUACAUCUACAAGUCUACAUGUAUUCUGUAGUCUCUGGCCUACUUCAGUAUGUAAGAAUUUGCAAUCAAAGGG